AUGGCUGACGCAGCAGCAAGACAGCUUCAAUACGAAUACAAAGCGAAUUCGAAUCUCGUACUGCAAGCCGAUGUUCGCCUCAUCGAACGACCGCGGCGUGAUGAAGCGACUGGUGAAGUUAUUUCUCUGGUGGGCAAACUUGACGGUACACGCAUGGGUGACCGUGCCCAGCGUAGUAAACCGGAGAAAACCGAGGAACGCAAGGCAAAGCGACAGAAACGUGAUGAAGCGCAAUAUGAUUUUAAUAGCAUGAAAGGCGCCACCCUUCUUUCCGAGGGCAUCGAUGAGAUGGUCGGCAUUGUUUACCGACCGAAAACGCAAGAGACCCGUCAAACGUAUGAAGUGUUGCUUAGCUUCAUACAAGAAGCAAUCGGUGAUCAACCGCGUGAUAUUCUGCGUGGUGCUGCAGAUGAAAUUCUGGCCGUGUUAAAAAAUGACCGCAUGAAGGAGCGUGAAAAGAAACGUGAAAUCGAUGGUCUGCUAGGGAGCGUUGCAGAUGAACGGUUCGCCUUGUUGGUGAAUCUCGGUAAGAAGAUAACCGAUUUCGGAUCUGAUGCUGCUACCGCCAUCGGUGGAGCCGGCCAGGCAGGACCCGGUGGAGACGAGCCGAUUGACGAAACUUAUGGUAUAAACGUGCGGUUUGAAGAAUCCGAGGAAGAAUCGGAUGAAGAUAAGUACGGUGAAGUUCGUGAAGAUGAUGGACAGGAUGAGGGCGAAGAAGCUCGAGACGAUGGCAUUUUGCACGCUGAAAACCUUGGAGGUGGGGAGGAUAUGAACAAAAAAGAAAAAGCACUCGAUCCGCGGGACAUCGACGCACAUUGGCUACAGAGGUGCUUGCGAAAGUAUUACAACGAUUCUAUGAUGUCCCAGGCGAAAGCGCUCGAGGUAUUGAGCGUGCUGAAGGAAUCAGGAGACGAUAGAGAGUGUGAGAAUCAAUUGGUACUGUUGCUGGGCUACGAUUGCUUCGAUUUUAUCAAACAGUUGAAGAAAAAUCGCCAAAUGAUCUUGUACUGCACAAUGCUGGCGCAAUCACAAAGCGAGAGUGAUCGAGCAAAAAUUCGCGAACGGAUGAAGGCAGACGCAGCUCUAGCAAAAAUUUUACGCCAGCUUGAUACAGGAAAGCAAGACACACAUGAAGGACGGGAAUAUGCGAACGGCGGUGGUGACGCCAUGGGCGGAGGAGAACGGAAAGGAACGGGUGGUGGACAAAUUAUUGGAAACCGAACGGUGCUUGAGCUGGACGAGCUUGCUUUCACCCAAGGGUCGCAUUUGAUGGCCAAUAAACGUUGUCAGCUGCCGGACGGUUCGUUUCGUAAACAGCGUAAGGGCUACGAGGAGGUACAUGUGCCCGCUCUCAAACCGCGUCCAUUCGACGACGAUGAAGAGCUCAUUGCGAUCGAAAAGCUACCCAAGUACGUCCAACCCGUUUUCAAUGGCUUCAAGACACUGAAUCGAAUUCAGAGUCGACUGUACAAGAGUGCGCUGGAGAGUGACGAAAAUCUACUACUGUGCGCACCGACAGGUGCUGGCAAGACGAACGUCGCUCUCCUAACGAUGAUGCGCGAGAUCGGAAAACACAUCAAUGACGAUGGAACGAUCAACGUGGACGAGUUUAAAAUCAUCUACAUCGCUCCGAUGCGAUCGCUGGUACAGGAAAUGGUUGGAAAUUUUGGCCGCCGUUUAGCAACGUACAACCUAACUGUGGCGGAACUUACUGGUGAUCAUCAGCUGAGCCGUGAACAGAUAGCUGCAACGCAGGUCAUCGUAUGUACUCCUGAAAAAUGGGAUAUUAUCACACGUAAAGGCGGUGAAAAGACAUACACACAGUUCGUGCGAUUGGUAAUUAUUGAUGAAAUUCAUCUACUACACGACGAGCGUGGCCCGGUGUUGGAGGCGCUCGUAGCUCGUACGAUCCGUAACAUUGAAACCACGCAGGAAGAUGUGCGUUUAGUUGGUCUUUCGGCAACUCUGCCCAAUUACCAGGAUGUGGCAACGUUCCUGCGCGUCCGGCCGGAAACGGGCUUGUUUUACUUCGAUAAUAGCUACCGACCCGUAGCACUGGAACAACAAUACAUUGGAGUGACGGAGAAAAAGGCACUGAAGCGCUUCCAAGUCAUGAAUGAUAUCGUGUACGAAAAGGUGAUGGAACACGCUGGCCGCAAUCAAGUAUUGGUGUUUGUCCAUUCGCGUAAAGAGACGGGAAAAACUGCACGUGCCGUUCGGGACAUGUGCCUUGAAAAAGACACGUUAGGAUCGUUUUUGCGAGAAGGUUCUGCAAGCAUGGAAGUGCUUCGAUCCGAGGCGGAUCAAGUAAAAAAUCAAGAGCUGAAAGAUCUUCUCCCAUACGGCUUUGCGAUCCAUCAUGCCGGAAUGACACGUGUCGACCGUACGCUGGUAGAGGAUCUCUUCGCAGAUCGUCACAUUCAAGUGCUUGUGUCAACUGCUACACUGGCCUGGGGUGUGAAUCUUCCGGCGCAUACCGUCAUCAUCAAGGGUACUCAGGUGUACAACCCAGAGAAGGGCCGAUGGGUCGAAUUGGGAGCGCUCGACGUGCUGCAGAUGCUUGGUCGUGCCGGUCGUCCACAGUACGACACGAAGGGCGAAGGCAUUCUCAUUACGAACCAUAGCGAAUUGCAGUAUUACUUGUCGCUGCUAAACCAGCAGCUGCCGAUAGAAUCCCAGCUCAUCUCAAAGUUACCGGACAUGCUGAACGCCGAGAUCGUGUUGGGUACCGUACAGAGCGUUAAGGAUGCCGUCACGUGGCUCGGAUACACCUAUCUCUACAUUCGCAUGUUGCGUCAACCGACACUAUACGGCGUUUCAAUCGAUGCCGUGCAGGAGGAUCCACUGCUUGAACAGUUUCGCGCUGAUCUAAUUCACACGGCUGCUCUCCAUCUGGAACGCAGCGGGUUGGUGAAGUAUGAUCGAAAGAGUGGCCACUUCCAGGUAACCGAGGUCGGACGAAUUGCUUCACACUACUACUGUACGCACGAAACGAUGCUAACAUAUCACCAACUUUUAAAACCUACACUGAGUGAAAUUGAGCUGUUCAGAGUGUUCUCGCUGUCGGGCGAGUUCCGCAACAUAACCGUGCGUGAGGAGGAGAAACUAGAGCUGCAAAAACUGAUGGAACGCGUACCCAUCCCUAUCAAGGAAAGCAUGGAGGAACCAAGUGCGAAAGUGAACGUAUUGCUGCAGGCAUACAUCUCACAGCUGAAGCUCGAAGGCUUUGCUCUAAUGGCUGACAUGGUGUACGUGACGCAAUCCGCCUCACGACUUCUUCGGGCUAUCUUCGAGAUCGUCCUUCACCGCGGUUGGGCUCAGCUGGCAGACAAAUGUCUCACACUGUGCAAGAUGAUCGAUCGGCGUAUGUGGCAGAGUAUGUCUCCAUUGCGUCAGUUCCGCAAAAUGCCCGAGGAGAUCGUAAAGAAAAUUGAGAAGAAAAAUUUCCCCUGGGAACGCCUGUACGAUCUCGAGGCGAACGAAAUUGGCGAGCUGAUCCGUGUGCCGAAGCUGGGUAAAACGAUCUAUCGUUACAUUCACCAGUUUCCCAAGCUAGAGCUUUCAACGCACAUCCAACCGAUCACACGUUCGACAUUGCGAGUGGAGUUAACCAUCACUCCCGAUUUCCAGUGGGAUGAGAAAGUGCACGGGCAAUCGGAGGCUUUCUGGAUUCUGGUUGAAGAUGUUGACUCCGAAGUGAUUCUACACCACGAAUAUUUCCUGUUGAAAGCCAAAUACUGCGCCGACGAUCAUUUGGUGAAGUUUUUCGUGCCUGUUUUUGAACCAUUGCCCCCUCAAUACUUCUUGAGGAUUGUGUCUGAUAGAUGGAUCGGGGCCGAGACACAGCUACCCGUGUCCUUCCGGCAUCUGAUCUUACCGGAAAAGAACUUGCCUCCUACUGAGCUGCUUGAUCUGCAGCCGCUACCGAUUAGUGCGCUUCGAGAUGCAUCAUUCGAAGCGCUGUAUGCGGAUCGAUUCCCGCAGUUCAAUCCCAUCCAGACGCAAGUCUUCAAUGCGGUGUAUAACAGCGAGGAUAACGUGUUCGUAGGGGCCCCUACCGGGUCAGGUAAAACAACGAUUGCAGAGUUUGCUGUACUGAGACUGCUCUCUCAGAACCCGAUCGGACGCGUGGUGUAUCUGGUCGCACGCGAUCCCCUCGCGGAGUUGGUGUUCCACGAGUGGCAUCAACGUUUUGGACAGUCCUCCCUAGGAUGUAAGGUGGUGAAGCUAACGGGCGAGACCGGCACUGAUCUGAAACUGAUCGCCAAGGGUCAAAUAAUCGUAACAACAGCCGACAAAUGGGAUGUGCUGUCUCGUCGUUGGAAGCAACGUAAGAAUGUCCAGAAUGUGCAGCUAUUUAUUGUGGAUGAGCUGCAGCUGAUCGGGGGCGAGGAUGGCCCUGUGCUCGAGGUGGCCUGUUCACGAAUGCGUUACAUUUCAUCCCAAACGGAACAACCGAUACGUAUCAUAGCACUGUCUGCCUCGUUAGCCGAUGCACGCGAUAUUGCUCAAUGGCUCGGAUGUAGUACUAAUGCUACAUUCAAUUUCCAUCCCUCGGUACGACCGAUUCCGCUGGAACUUCAUGUACAAGGGCUGAAUAUAACACACAAUGCAUCGCGUGUCGCUGCUAUGUCGAAGCCAGUGUACAACGCCAUCGUCAAAUACAGCCCGCACAAGCCGGUCAUCGUGUUCGUUACGUCCAGAAAGCUAGCUCGUCUUACGGCGAUCGAUGUGCUGACAUACUGUGCUGCCGAAUUGCAACCGAAUCGAUUCUUCCAUGCUGAGGAGGACGAUAUCAAACCAUUCCUCGAUCGUAUGACUGACAAAACACUCAAAGAAACGCUGUCACAGGGAGUAGCUUACAUGCACGAAGGUUUGACGGCAUCCGAUCAACGUAUGGUGGAGCAGUUGUUCGAUUCUGGCGCAGUUCAGAUUGCUAUUUGCACGAGAGAUCUCUGCUGGGCACUCAACAUAAGUGCCCAUCUGGUCAUCAUCAUGGAUACGCAAUUCUACAACGGACGCAGCCAUUCCUAUGACGAUUAUCCUAUUACUGACGUGUUGCAGAUGGUUGGACGUGCUAAUCGACCCCUGGAGGAUGAUGAUGCUAAAGCGGUGUUGAUGUGUCAAAGCUCAAAAAAAGAUUUCUACAAAAAAUUCCUUAACGAACCGCUACCGGUCGAGAGCCAUCUUGACCACCGGCUGCAUGAUCACUUCAAUGCAGAAAUCGUCACCAAGACUAUCGAGAACAAGCAGGAUGCGGUGGAUUAUCUGACAUGGACGUUCUUGUAUCGACGACUCACGCAGAAUCCAAAUUACUACAAUCUACAAGGUGUCACUCAUCGUCAUCUCUCCGAUCAUUUGUCGGAGUUGGUCGAAUCGACACUUUCCGAUCUGGAGCAAUCGAAAUGCAUCGGAGUUGAGGACGAGAUGGAUGCACUUCCCCUCAAUCUGGGCAUGAUUGCGGCAUACUACUACAUCAACUACACCACAAUCGAGUUGUUCAGUCUGUCACUUAAUAGCAAAACGAAGAUCCGCGGUCUGCUCGAGAUCAUCUCAUCCGCCGCUGAGUAUGAGGAUUUGAUUGUGCGGCACCAUGAGGAUAAUAUCCUACGCAGCUUAGCAUCGCGGUUGCCGAACAAACUAACUGGACCAAACGGCACAACACCCAAGUACAACGAUCCGCACAUUAAGACGAACCUAUUGCUCCAGGCCCAUCUGUCGCGAUUGCAACUCGGUGCCGAGCUACAGGGCGACACGGAACAAAUCCUUGGCAAAGCGAUUCGCCUAGUGCAAGCGUGCGUCGAUGUUCUUUCGUCGAACGGCUGGCUUUCACCCGCGGUAGCCGCCAUGGAGCUGGCUCAGAUGGUAACGCAGGCAAUGUGGAGCAAAGAUUCUUACCUCAAGCAACUGCCGCACUUCACCAAUGAGAUCAUUAAGCGGUGUCAAGAGAAGAGCAUUGAGACGGUGUUCGACAUUAUGGAGCUGGAUGAUGAUGAUCGUAGCCGCUUGCUUCAGAUGACCGAUCAGCAGAUGUCCGACGUGGCACGAUUCUGCAACAGGUAUCCCAACAUCGAGCUAACGUUCGCAGUUCUAGACAAAGACCGUAUCCAUUCGGGAUCGUCCGUCGACGUGGAAGUAACACUGGAACGUGAGGAUGAUGUCACGGGUCCGGUUAUUGCGCCCUUCUUCCCGCAGAAACGCGAAGAAGGCUGGUGGGUUGUGAUCGGCGAUCCAAAGAACAAUUCACUCCUUUCCAUUAAACGGCUUACGCUGCAGCAGAAGGCCAAAGUAAAGCUUAACUUUGUCGCCCCGAGUCCAGGUCACCACGAGUACACGUUGUAUUACAUGAGCGAUUCGUAUCUGGGCUGUGACCAGGAGUACAAAUUUUCCAUCAACGUCGGUGACUUCCAAUCGGAGAGCGAAAGUGAAUCCGAUUAAAUCUCUUGGUAGGCCACACUUUGAAGCCCAUAUUUCAUUGCAACUUUCUUCACUACCGGAUGUGGGGGGAUUGUACAAGAUUUUAAUUAAAUACUUAUAUGUCAUAAUCAGAACAGCGUGAACAAUGGAUUUACAUGUAAUUAUUAGAAGAGUCAUAUG